UUCCUCAGGUUUCACGUCAGUAUUUAUCGGCCAUUUUUGGCAACUCGUCAAGAGAUCUGUAUGCCUUAGUAAUCAGUCAGAAUAUUAUCACGUGUUCAAUAAUUUGAACUUUUUUAAUGUUCAGAUGCCGCCACGUAGGGAACCCGAUCAUCCGGCUCCUACUCAGGCUACAGUAGUCACCCUGUUCCGCGACUAUCAUGCCGAGAAAUUCUCAGGGCAGGGAGAUCCUCGCAUCGUAGACGAGUGGAUUCAGGGCCUGGAGUUUAUCUUCGAGAUCAUGGAGUGCCCUGAUAGAUAUCGCUACUAUCCCACAUACUACCGAGCAGAGAUGGAACGUCAGUUUCUAUCGCUCCAGCAGGGUACUCGUACUGUUGACGAGUAUGAGAGGGAGUUCACUAGACUUGCAGCUUUCGUUCCUGAUUUGGUUCGCACGGAGGCCCAGAGAGCACAGCGUUUUAUUGACGGGCUUUACCCAGCAGUCCGUCAUAACAUUGUAGGCCAUGGGACACAGACGUACGCGCGUGCCGUUUCCAUUGCCCAGGAGGUGGACACCAACAUCAGGAGGGAGGCCGUCCGUGAUCAGUCCCAGCCAUCUGUUCCUACCCAGUCAUCUUCAGUUCCACCGAUGCCAGCUCUACCAGCUGCCCAGCCACCGAAAAACAACAAGAGGAAGGGGAAAGGUGCCCCGACAGAUAAGAGGACCCGACAGAGGCUACAACAGAUCCCACAGUGCCCGACAUGCGGACGACUUCACCGAGGCGAGUGUCGCUUUGGUCAGGAUGUAUGCUACUACUGUCAUGAGCCCGGACACUUCGCGAACUGUUGUCCGAGAAAGGCGCAGCAGCCUCAGCAGCCUCAGCAGCCACCGCAGCAGCAGCAGCCCC